UUAUGCUGCUGUCCUUAUAUCAUUUCAUUCAGUUUCGAAGAGUCGUGCAACGAGAGCAGUUUUGCCGUAAAAAGCUAUUCUGCACUGUGUCUGAGUCUGGAGUUGUUUUGUGUGUAUAACUAACGUGGGCAGCAGCAGUAGAAGUCACACCAUGAGAAAUAAUUGUAACGCGAUUUUACUGGCAUCGUUUGUGACAUGGUCGGGGGUGUUGUGUAGCACAGUAUGGGGCACCACAGAGGGCCAGGAAACACCUCUCGCACUUCCGGUGGCGGAGCAGACCCAGCCCACUACUGCCAUACACGGUGAGGUAUGGGAGGAAGACGAUCACGAAGUGUUAAUAAGAAACGAGCGUGGCACCAAGAGCGACGGUUUGUCAUGCCGAUACGGCAAGAACCCGUGGACUGAGUGUGAUACGAAAACUAAUACGCGUUCUAGAACCUUGACAUUAAAGAAGGGCGAUCCAGCAUGCGACCAAACGCGAACCAUUCAGAAGAAAUGUAAAAAAGCCUGUCGGUAUGAAAAGGGAUCCUGGUCGGAAUGCGCAACUGGACAAAUGACUAGAGCUGAUAAGCUAAAAACGAGCAGUGAUCCGUCCUGCGAAGCAACUCGGGUCAUUAAGAAGAACUGCAAGCCCGGAAAGUCCAAGGACAAGAGUGCCAAGGAACAGCGUAAGAACAAAGAUAAAGCUGCUCGCAAAGGACGCGUUUAAGUGAUUUCAUACUCGAUAAUUUAAUUGCCCCGUGUUAGUUUGUAUCAAUCCGAUGCAAAUAGUUUAAGUUGAACUUAUUUUUUAAAAAAUUCAUAACAGAAAAAUCGUAAUGACAUUAAGUGUCUGCUAUGUAUACCCAAAAAGCAUUUUAAUUAAAUGCACAUAUUGAUUAAUGUUGUAGUUUGGUUUUCAAGCAAACGAUAAACUUAAUAUAAACGACAGUAUGUUUAACUGUAAAACGUAAUAGCAACUUUGCGGAAUUUAACAUAUUUAUGCAAUGCAGAAUAAAAAUAUAUUCAUACAAUACCAUACCUACAUAAAUACCAAAUUAUUUAGUUUACUUCAAAAAGAAAGUCAUACGUACAUCCAAGCCAACAUCCAUCAGUCUCUGAAAUGGUUAAUGAAAGGCAGUUGCCUUAUCGGAAUAAAGGAUAUUUCUUAAACGCAGCCUCUUAAAUUGUGUGACUGUUUAAACACCUUCAUAAAUUUAGCAGAGUUGUUCUUCAAUUGAAUUUAAAUAAUAUUAACCGUAAAUCUAAAACGAAAACCAAACAAUUAAUCUGAUAUUGGUGUAACAUUUUGGCAAGUAUCAGCUUCUGUAUCUCAUCUCAAGAAAACAGAAUGGUAUUGCAAAAAAAGUAAAAUAAAUACAGAAAUCAAAGAGAUGGUAAAAAGUUUGUCAUUCGCAGAUAUUAAAUUAAUAAAACACUUAGUGUAAAUAUUGUAAAAAAUAAAAACCUACUAUAGAAAGAAGAAAAACAAAAAGACAAAGAAUGAGACACGACGGUCUAAGUCACAGAUCCGUCGUAGUUGCAACGUAGGCAAUUGGCAUUUUAAAGUAGUUUACAACUCACAUUCACUGGGUACAAUUAAAAUAUAAAUUUGGAAAUACCAUUCCCAAAAUUAAUAUACAAGUCGAAAUACAGACAAACAUACUUACAUUCAUACAUAUUCUGAUCAAAAAUUGUACCAUUUCAAAGACAUGGUUUAUCUUUUUAAUAAACACAUAUAUAAACUUAGAACGUUAACUACGACUUAAUGUAUUUUUCUGUAAGCAGUUUUACAACCAUACCCGUACAUUCAUAACUACAAAGUCAAGAAGAACAGCUCACUCACAGCAUGCAAAUUCAUAAAUACAUCAUCCUUAGGGGCAGUAUUUAUCUGAGUCUUUUAAUUCCAUAAGGAAGAGCGUAGAAGCAACUCCCCCAAAGUAAAGUGAAAUUUGUUUACGUACGUAUACAACAUAAGAAAAAAGUAACUGAACUUUAAUAAAUACAAAUAUUACGAAAUAAA